CUCGGAGGCGCGGAUUGGACAAGACAUCUCGUGAGGAAUGCGAGUUCUCGCGGGAACAAUUUUCAAAAAGAACCCCGGCUCUUUAGCAGUGGUUCAGCUGAAUGAACAGAAUUAUAACCAAGAGAAGUAUGCCCUACAAAGAGAAGUUGAGCUCAGGAGUCGGAUGUUGGAAAGUUUGAGCUGUGAAUGUGAAACUGUGAAACAACAGCAGAAGACGCAGCUGGAGCAGCUGGAAAUGCAGCUGAACAGAAGCCACAGGCGGGAAGUGAGCGGCCUGAAAAACAAGAAUCCUUGAGCUCGAUCUGAUUGUCAGAGAUGAAGAUGGAAACAUACUGGACCCUGAUAACACCAGCAUCAUCAGCUUGUUCCAUGCUCAUGAGGAGGCUACUGAAAAGAUCACAGAGCGCAUCAAAGUAGAAAUGGUGAGCUUUGUUCUGGAGGCUUUGCCCAAGCAAAGCUGGCAUUUAGCACAUCCUAAACUUAAAAUAGGCCAGUGGACUGCACUGUGUCAUUCAAAGGGCCAUCUGUCCUACAACCUGAGAUGAUCGGUAAUAAUGCAGGCUUUAUUAAGUUUGUGUACUUGGAUCUGUAAGUCAUUAGGCAUGCAUCCCACAAGUAGUUAAAUGCCAGGCAUGUUUCCCAGUCUCGGAGCUUUUAGGUUCUAGAGUAAAGAAGAGAAGAAAGGUAGCAAAAUGUAAAUUAAUUAGUUAAAAAAUUGCAGCUAACAAUAAAAUACAAUAAAGUAGACACUGUGAGUCAGGGGUUGCUCUAAGAGGUUUG